GCGAGGAUGGUGCCAGGUGCCGGGGGUGAGAGAACCGGGGAGCAGCGAAGAUGGCGGCGCCGACCCAAGACCUUCCUCCCCGGGGUGGCUACGCGCCCAUCAACUUCACCCGGAUCCCCGCCAGGUCAUAUUUUAAUGGGUACCAGCUGUUCGCCGGCUUCGGGGUGGUGACGGCAAUGGGCUGCUACCUCUACUACAAGACCUACAAGCAGAUUAGACAGGAGGAUAUAGAGAUGCGCAGCGGACAACUGGCGCUGGAGCCGAUGAUGAUGGCGGAGCGCGACCGGGAGUUCCUCAAGCAACUCAAGCGGAACAGGGACGAGGAGACCAAGCUGAUGGCCAACGUCGAGGGCUGGGAGGUCGGCACAUACCACGGCGAGCCCAUCUACAAGACCGUGCCCAAGGAUACCUUCGUCGACCCCCUCAUCCAGGAGUAUUUCGCGCACGGGCCCUCCAAAGCUUACACCAAGAACGCCUUCUUCUCCCUCUUCACCUAAGCCCUUCGUCCCGCCCUGGUCGUAAGGCGCCGUUUGACCUGAUGUGCCGAAGGGUGUCUUGGGAGGGGUAAGGGAAAGGAGGAGGAAGGAAAGAAUGAGCGAAGUAAUAUUGGUGUUGAUGUUUUAAGAGGUAGAAAGAUUGAAAGGGAGAUGGAGAGAGGAAGAGGGAGAUUGAAGUAGUAGAAAUGAAGAGGAAGAGGACGAGGAGGAGGGGUUAAGAGAUAGAGACAGAGAGAAAGGGUACUGUUGAAGAUGAGUUUUGUGUAUAUAUAUUUAGUUAAGGGAAAAGGAGGAGAUGGAAAAAAAUAAAUUGUAAUAAAGUUAAUAA